AUGACAUCUCAACAAGGAGGAUCUAGCGGCCAUCAUGCGCCUACAGCAGGACCUAAACCCAGAAGAACUUCAAUUACUGAGGCUACUAAUGGGAAUUUGAGAACGAAAACACCUCCUCCCAUACCUCAAUCUCCUGCACCUCAGGAAGAGUCAAAUGCUCCUGAAUGGGACAUCUUAACUGGAUUUCUUAAGAUGUCUACUGAGGAAAGGGAUACAAUUGCUGCUGACCAAAUUAGGCUAGUUAAUCCAUCCAAUACUGUGAUGGUUAGAGCUGCCAUAGUUGGAAAAGUACUGAAAACUAAUUUUGAUGCUACCAAUGCUUUGGUGAAACUGAUGGCGUAUGAAGGAUUUAAUCCUAUAACCACCAUAAAA